UGCCCCAACGUCCAUUUCUUUCUUUAGUUAUGGCGACCAAGAUCGUCUAGCCGUCCUACUGGCACCCUUCCGUCCCUCGUCGGGUUCUUAUUCUGGGCUUUUUAUCAUCAGUUCUGGUGACUCUGUCGCAGCUUCUUAAAUUAGGAUUUCUUGAAGCACAUGUCCGUCGUUUCUCCGCGGGCGACUGCUUGUGGCCAACCAAUCUUGCCUCGGGUUCUCUCGCCUCUUGAAUUCACUCCCUUGUUCGUAACCCCGUCGGUGUAGAUCGGUACAAUGGGGUUCAUUUCGACCCUGAUUUACCUGAUUUUUCUGCCGUUUCGAUGGCUCAUCUACCUAAUCGUCGUGAAGGGAUUCCACUACAUCCUUCAGACGCUCGGAUUCACCAUCGGUCUGCUGGGCGGCUUGGUCGCUGGCUACUUCAUCUUCAUACAUAAGCUCCCAACCGCCGUGGAGGAGCCAGAGGUGAAGGAGCUUAUACCGGAGGGGACAACACCGGAGGAAGAGGAUCUUCAGCGCUACUAUUCGUACCUGCCGCCGUGGGUCAGCAACCCGGACUACGAGCGCGUCGAUUGGAUGAACAAGCUCAUCGCCGAGAUGUGGCCUUAUUUGAACAGGGCCAUAAGCGAGCAGAUCCGCGAGCAGGCGACGCCCAUGCUCAAGGGCCAGAAGCCCGCGUUCCUCGAAACCCUCGAGUUCCAGGAGCUCGACCUCGGGACCAUCCCGCCGGCCGUCAUCGGCAUCAAGUCCUUUGACACGAAGGACGACGAGGUCAUCCUGCAGGUCGCCUUGCGCUGGGCGGCCAACCCCAACAUCACAGUCGCUGCCUCCGCCAAGGGCGUCACCGGCACGGUGCAGAUCAUCGAUCUGCAGCUGUCAGCCGUCACGCGAAUCACCCUCAAGCCACUCAUCCCCAUCUUCCCCUGCUUCUCAACCAUCACCGUCUCCUUCAUGGAUAAGCCCCUCGUGGACUUCGGCCUCAAGGUGCUGGGGUUGGACGUCAUGGCCAUCCCCGGCCUCUACACCUUCGUGCAGAAGACCAUUUCCAACACAGUGGCGGGCAUGUACAUGUGGCCCAAAGUGCUCGAGGUGUACGACGACCAGCCGCUCGCCCCCAUCGGCUGGCUGGUGAUCACGCACAUCAAGGGCACCAAGCUGCGCAACCAGGGGGGCAUGCUGAGCAAGUCGGACCCGUACCUGCGCUUCUCCAUGGACGGCCGCACGCUGGGGCGGCGCAUAACGAGUGUGAAGAAGGACGAGCUCGACCCCGACUGGGGCAAGGAGGAGAUCCUCAUUCGCGUGGCGGACCUCGAGAAGCAGAAGCUGCACGUCGAGGUGUUCGACAAGUCGUUCUCGGGCAAGGCGGACAAGCUGAUGAGCGUCACGCAGGUCUCUCUCGCGAGCAUCAAGGAGGACGCACCCACGCACUUUGAGUCUCGGCUCGUGGCGCGCUUUGGUGACCUGGACCCUGCUUCGCAGUCGGUCAGCAAGAAGGACCUGGGGUCGAUUGCCUUCGACAUGAAGCUGCGCCCAUUCGCCAAGGGCGAGGAAGCAGUGCCCGACGAUGUGGAGAUCGAGGUGUUCCCCUCGUGGCUCAAGGUCGGCGGGGGCCGGCUGCGCAUGAUCCUGCGGGAGGGCGACAACCUGGAGUCGAACAAGCACGCCAACCCCUACGUGGUGCUGCGCUUCCGCAGCCAGGAGUGGCAGAGCAAGGUGCACAAGAAGGCGGCGGAGCUCACCUUCGACGAAGACGACAAGUGGGAGCUGCUGCUUGACGAGCCACCCUCCCGGGACGUGCUGCACGUGAAGGUCUACAGCAAGAACAUGAGCACGCUCUCCAUUUCCUCCAAGGAUGCCAUUGGCUACUGCGACAUCAAGCUGGCGGACGUGGUGACCAACGGGCGCAUCAACGACUUCUACAUGCUCGCAGACUCCCCCAAGAACGGGCGCAUCAAGAUCGAACUGCAGUGGCACGAGCGCACCGCCGAGUCCACCGUGGUGAAUGAACCCCCCCCUGCAAACAGGGUGCAGUAGAGUACCACAGCAGAUUCUUGUAGUGUCUGGAGCAGAAGAGCAGAAGAGCAGAAGAGCAGAAGAGCAGAAGAGCUCAGAGUAUCACCCAAGAACGGGCGCAUCAAGAUCAAGCCGCAGUGGCACGAGCGCACCGCCGGGUCAAGCGUCGUCAACGAGCCGCCCCCUGCAAAAAGGGUGCAGUAGAUGCAUGACAGUGCAAUACAGGCGCGAGGGCUCAACAGAGGUGGGGUGCGGUGGGUGGGUGGGUGGUUGGGUGCAUUUUGUGGAGAGGGAUCCACGAGCUGCCUCCUGCCUCCAGGGUGCGGUGACUUGAAGCCUGCAAGUGUGGUAGAUGAAAAUAACCACAAGUCCCCGCAAAAAGCACCCCGCGUGUAGUGUGCGCAUUGUUGAAGGUGGUUUAUUACUUCUACACCACGCAUGAUCUGUCUGUUGUAGUUAGACUCCCUGUGACUCCCCUCCCUCCUGUUAGCUUACUGUUUGACUUCCUGUUGUUUUCACGUGCACUGCCACAUUUCUAGCUCAAUCCAGCACCAUCCAGUCCAGGGCUCCCGUUAUCAGACCAGAUCGGUCUGAUGGUCUAAGAAUCAGACCGGCUUCUUAAGUUUCAUCUCAUUUUUUUACAAGCCAAAUAUAUUCGUCUGAUCGUUCAGACAAGUUAAGGUAUGGGGAUUCGUCUGAACUGUUAGAAGAG